AUGCUCGCUUGCUUGGCCAGGGGGAAUUUGCUGGAUAUUCUUCAGGAGGGCUUCACGGAGCAACAACUCCAGGCAUAUGUGGCCUGGGUGAAUUCCCAGCUGAAGAAGCAGCCAACAAUAAAGCCAGUCCAAGACCUGAGACAAGAUCUCCGAGAUGGAGUAAUUCUUGCCUUGCUGAUUGAGAUUGUAGCUGGUGAGAAGCUGAGUGGCAUUCAGGUCAACCCCACCAGCCAGCAGGAGAUGAGGGAGAAUGUGGAGAAAGUCUUGCAGUUUGUGGCAUCAAAAAAAAUCCGUAUGCAUCAGACAUCAGCCAAAGAUAUUGUUGAUGGGAACUUGAAAUCUAUCAUGAGGCUGAUCCUGGCCUUAGCUGCCCACUUCAAGCCAGGCUCUGGGAGAGCAGUGAGUCAGAGCCCUGCUGGCACGGGGGGGAAGAGCUCGUUGGCCUCCUCUGCCAGGCACAGGCCUGGCUCAGCUGCUGCAGUGGCCCAGGGGGCAGUGGCAGCUCUGGCAGAGGCUCGUCAGGAUGUCCUGCAGUCCGGCCGGGAUGUUCUCCGGCACAGGCACAGAAAUAGCAGCAUGGAUGAGGAGAUUGAAAACCCCUACUGGAGUGUCCGGGCACUGGUGCAGCAGUAUGAGGGGCAGCAGAACAUGCCACUGGAGUCCCGUUCCUCCAGUCUUACAUCAUCCAGUCCUGUGCAUAGUGCAAAGAGUGAAUCCACUGUAGCUCCAUCAGAGGAGAAGGAAAGACUUGUGAUCAUCCACACUGAAGAAACAGAAACUAAAACAGAAGAGAUAGAAUCUCAUUUCCAGCCUGAGUGGCAAGCAGGGAACCCUGGAUCUUAUUUGGAGAUUUCAUGGGAGGAACAGCUUUUGGAACAACAGGACCAUUUGGAAAAGGAAAUGGAGGAGGCAAAGAAGAUGAUUUCAGGUUUGCAG